AUUUACACGGUAUAAAGCUUUGUCUAAAUUGAAAACUUCUUAAAUAAUUACAGAUCUGUUAACCCAAAAUGAAUAUAGCAUGUACUAAACCUGGUAAAUUACGCAGACGCUCUAUCUUUCUUCAGCAUGGAUCCGUUCCCACCCAAUCACAGAUGCGCAGUGAGCUAGGAUCGGAUUUGGCCAACGUAGUUUUGGAACUGAUGAGUCCUGCCUGUCAAAAGUGGAUGGGCGUUGACCGAAAGCUACUUGGCCCGUCAGUUUACUGCGUGGACAAUGAUGAGCUCAAAGCUAAUAUUCACGAACAUAUUUUGAAACUGGGAAAGGAAACGGAAAACAGACUGGAACGGAGGCGAAGACGAGUGGUCAAAAAGAAAGAUCUCAGCGAAGAAAUUGAUUUCAUUAAGUUCGAAUGUCGGCAGAAAAUCGAGAUUGCGCGCGACGAAGAACGGAAGCGAAUGCAGGAGCAGUUGUCGGAAGCUAAACAGGCAUUGGAAGAGAAGUUUAGGAUAAUGAAACUAGAGCUUGGAGAAGACUAUCUGCGCGGAAGAAGAGAAAUGGCCCGAUUCAUGUGUAUAAAUAUACGUAGACAAGCUCGGUAUCUGAUUGGCAACGUAGCACAGCAAUACAGAAUUCAUUUGGAACAAGAAGUGUCUACAAGGGUUAACAACGAAGUUCAACGAAUGGCUGAUCAAGUUACUGAAUUCGUUCAAACAGCAAUUGAAAAACAGAAAGAUAUCGAUACAAGAGCUAUGCAGCAAAUGUGUUUACGCUACGAGGAACUGAUCCGAAGUCUUCGGAACCAGCAAGCUUGCCGGAAGUUGACGGAGCUAUCCCAACAAAUAUGUUCUCGGUGGACCGAACUUUGCAGACGCAUCAGCAAUCAGGAAAUAGCAUGUCAAACUUCUUUUGUCAUGGUAGAGCCACCUAGUGAUAUUUUUUCUGAAUCUAUCGCCAUAAGCCAAGGUUUCGAAGGACCGAACGAAUUUCUGGAAGACGAUGACAUAUUUGUAAUAGAGGCCUGUCUCAUGACACCAGGGCCAAGUCCUGUUUACAGUAUCGCGAACAGUUCUACUCAAAGCGAAACUUUUACAUCUCAAUUAGAAUCAUUUAGUAGUGACGAAAGAAUUUUUGGACAAUGCGAUUCAAGAAUUCGCAAUCAAUUAGCUCCCAUUUCUAUGCUGACUUGGAAAUCAGUAGAGCAAGCUAGUCAGUCUCAAAUCCAUACAGUAGAGUCUUUAACGAUCGAUGAUGACUUCACGAGGGAAAUUGUAAACUGUAUUAUAGCCACGGAAGAUAUGUCUAAAGAUGAAACCUAUAUAUCAACAUUUGAUCUGCAACUGGAAAAGUCUUCAUCGAGAUCACCCGACUCUGACAUAUCAGAAUUGUUUAAUAUUGAACAUUCAGAAUCAGAGAUCAAUCUUCUGGUGAAUGGUAUAACUCUGAAAUAUAUACGAGCGAAAGAAAAAGACUUUGAGAAAUGCUGA